UUGUGGAAUAACCCUGUUGUGUGGAAGCCCAGGACUUUUGCUGGGGUUGAUCUCCUGUUAAAACUGUUAUUUACUGUAAAUAAACGCACUGAACUGUUUGAGUCCUGCCUGACUAGUGACCCUUAACAAACAGGCUACCCCAAAAUGCAAUGGUAGACAUUUCUAAAGUGUCUGUUUAGUGCUCCUUGCAAAACACUAGAGGACCUUUCAGCAGUGUAACAACUGAUAAGACCCAAAUGUGCAACUCCAUUGAUGAGAUUAAGGUUCAAAUUCUUUGUGAUAAAAAAGGAGUUGGGACAAAGGUAAUCAAUGCAACCACACAAACAGAGAAAUAUGAAGCAAACAGAGAAAUAUGAAGCAAGCAGAGGCAAAAACACUAGAAGACUGUCAUGGGAGGAGUACUAAAAGAACACUGCGAACACAUCUGGAAGGAAACUAAGGAGUUGACCGAUCAUUUCCCUCAUAACUGCCAAGAAAGCACUUUGAUCAGCUGAUCAAGAAAUAACGGUCAAGACCUCUCAACGAAGCAUCUACACUGCUGGAAAAGCUUCUGCCUCUGGGCUUAAGGAUCAUGGGGAUGUGUUUAUUGAAGGCAUAAGACCAAAUUUAUUUUUCCCAGGAGUUUCUACCAGGUGCAGCCUGCCUUCGAAAACUUGAAGGCAAGGAGUUAGGCCAAAGGAGCGUUAAACAGGCCUGGAGCUGAGGCUUCCAACAAGUUAACAUGAGGGUCAAGUGGCUAUCACAUCUGCCACCCGAAGUUUGGGUCAUGGUGUUCAGCUACCUGAGCACACAGGAAAAGCACAGGGUACGCUGCUGCUGCAAAGUCCUCAAAAAGCUGAUUGACCACCCAUGCCUAUGGCGGAACCACAUGGUGGUCCUAUCCAACUUUCCACGCUACACAGCUGGAUUCUGGGACACACUAAAGUAUCGCAGGGUGACCCAUGUUGCAGUGCGACGUUUGAGGCCCAAAGACUGGAAACACCUUGUGAAGUCCCUUCCACGGCUCACCACUAUUGUCUGCACGGAGGCACAGCAGCAUUACAAGAAGAAAAAUGUGGACAACCUGCCUGAUUUCCCCAACCUGAAGACUCUCGGGAUACGAAACGCCACAUGGAGCGAGCCAAUGCUACAGCAGUGCCAGACUGGGCAGCUAGCAGAGCGGCUGACUCACCUGAGUGUGUGUAACAUCCAGCUGCCAAGCACUGCUGAGUUCGUAAACAGCGUGUCACGCUUGUACAAUCUGGAAUAUUUGCUGUUUCACCAGCAGGCUGAAGCAAAGCUGCAGGUGGUGGCACCAGUGCCAUCUAAGGCCUUCCAUAACUUGCUAUUGAACCUAAAGAAGCUGAAACACCUAUCCUGGGAGAUUACAGAGAACCCAGUGCCACUGCCCGACGACUAUUUUUAUCCCCCAGACCCAGAAGACCCAGAAGCGUACGGUGGCCCAGCACUGACUUCUCUGGAGUUGGUGAAUUACCCAGAAACCAUGCUGUCUGAGAACGCGCUGAGGGGACUGACCUCACUGAAGUCACUGACUGUUCGCUAUAGGUACCUAAAAAUUGGCGUCAAAUGUCGUCUAGAGUCCUGGCUGAGUUAUCUGUAUCAGCUAGAGUCACUGGAAAUCAUUGGUGGGAAUCCUCUUGCUUUCUAUACAACCGUUUUUCCACCCCGUGUGACCAGGCUGGUGCUGAGAGUGAUCAUAUCACUCAGGGAUUUAUGCUACAUCGUGAAGAAAGUCAAGAAACUUGAGCACCUCGACAUGCAUCAGAACCGCUUCUCCGGCAGUCUCUGCAAAAAGCUUCCCUCACUAUUUCCUCAGCUCAAGACUCUCAGGAUACGAUAUUUCCUUGAGGAACCAAAAAGUGACCUCCUGCUCCUCAGCAAUCUCAAACACCUCGAGCAGCUGGAGCUGAUCGUGGAGCGCUCGUACAUUCUCAAAAGUGACCGCAACGACCACCCCUGGCCGAGUCCGUCUUUGCAGGAGCUGAUCAGAGAGCUGCAGGAGCUGUCCGAGAACAGGAUCAACAUCAUCACCACAAUGCGACAAAGAAACCUUUUUCAAGAAUGUGAUUGUGUUUGGGAAGGGGAGUAAAGACCGCGGUUAAGCCACAGGUUGCCAAAUGAAGCUGAAUGAUAGACACUGACAUUCAGACAACACUGUCAUCUGACGUCAACCAGACUCUGAGACACUACAGAGAUUGUUUUCUUUUUCCCACAAAGUCUUAUGUUUUCAAACUGUUGCAACAUCACGCUCACUAUAAGCUGAAUUCUGACACGAUCGUACAAUCAUACACUGAUGUCUGUAACCCAGCGGCAGCCACAGCAGCACAACGCAGUGUUACAUGUUACAAAAAUCUAGAUUUGCACAACCGGCCGAAGCAACACCAGUGCGCGAUAGUGGAUGUGACAUGUGAGCUUUAAACCACCCUUAACAGGCAGGACCUAAAUGUGAGCAGUCUGGAAAGUCUUGAGAUGUAUAUUGCAAAGCCAACAAAAAAGCCACAUUACUGCAGAGAGUUAUUGAACUGUUGGCCUAAUCAGAAAGCUUUUUCCAGUGCACGAGGAGGUGAAUUUACAUGAGCUGUGUUGUAGAUCUUUGUAGAGGAUUAUAAUCUUUCUAGAUUUACAUGAAUUGUAGAUCAGUUUCCUUAAAUUUAAUUUUGUUUUUGCGUUUACGGUCAUUUAAGGUAGUUUUCUUUUUUCUUAAACGGGGAGAAAUGAUAGAUCUGUUUGCAUAUUGAUUUUGCUCUGGCUGAUUUUUUUAUUUUUUAUUUUUAAUGAACUGGAAAAACUGAAGUCACUGUUAUUAUAAUCUUUGUUUCUGGCACAAAGAAUGAAAGCAAAUAACAAAAGUACAAAACAAACCCAAACCAUUAGCAUCAAAGCUGAGUAGCAAGCAAACUGAAUUGAAAAGGCAAGAAGCUGCUUCUUUGUAGCUCCACUGAAAUGCUACAGAUUGUUAAUGUUAAUUCAGUGCUUAUUUUUGAAUGGUUGAUCCAAGCAUGUGUGUUUGUUAAACAAUUUUUACAAGUUGUGUGAACUUUUAUAUUUUUUAUUUUGGGGUUUUUUUUUCUAAUACAAGCCCUUUUUUCUGAAGAAUUGUAUUGUUUGAUUGAAUCCUCUUUUUCUUUUUUUGCAAGUAUAAAAUCAAGCACCUAGCCAUGAGAAACAUAAAAGUUUUUGUUUGGGGGCAGCUUUUAUAUCUCCUCCCUGAUGGUAAGAGUGGAAAAAACUCAGCGGGAACCACUGAAGGUGUCCUACAUGAUGCUGGAAACGCUGUGGACGUAGUGCUGUUUGAUCAUCUCCAGGAUGGAUGAGACAGUGAUAGCGAUGAUCUGUCCUGCUGUUCACACAAGCCUGCCCAGUUGUUGUAUGAACAAAAAAUACUUCAAAAACAAUAAAAAAUGUAUUUUGUUCUUUAAAUGUCA